AUGAGUUUGGUUCCUGAAGACUUACCGAGCUUAGAUUUGAGACCUUUUUUUGUUACCAAAACUAUCACUGAUCUUCUCAGCCACCUUUCCUCCACCCCAAAUGCUUCCCACAAGAGUUGCUUGCUCGAAGACUUUCUCAACAGAUUGGAACUCGAAUUGGACAAGAUCCAAGCAUUCCAACGCGAACUUCCUCUCUGCAUGUUCCUCUUAAAUGAUGCAAUUUCAGCUUUGAAGGCGGAGUUAGAAAAAUGCAGAACUUACAAGUCUGAGCCUGUUUUGGAGGAGUUCAUUCCUCUGAAGAAAGAGUAUCAAGAGAAGAAGGUUAGUGAGAAGGAAAAGGAAUGCAGGGACAACAAUAAUUGGACGAGUUCUUUUCAGCUUUGGAACACUGACGAAGCUUAUAAAAGGGACAAUGCAUAUAGAUUGGACCAAAAACAAAACAAGAGUAAUGAAGAAGAAAGACAAUCUGUGGCCAAGGACUAUUUCCAAUAUGCUGGAAAUAGAAAUGUAGAAAGGGGAUUUGUUAUGCCUUUGUCCACUUACCUUCUAACAAAGGAAGAAUGUGAUGUCAAUGAACUUUCUCUUCAGACACCUGAAACUGCAGUGAGAAGCAAAAGGGAAAGAUGUGGUUCCAGAAUCACAUCUUGCAGGGUGGUUUCCUCCAUCUCUUCGCACCUGCUGCAGCCUCAAAGUGGCCGGAAACAAAGGAGGUGCUGGUCGCCGGAGUUGCAUCACCGCUUUGUUAAAGCAUUAGAGGAGCUUGGAGGCUCUCAAGCAGCUACUCCAAAGCAAAUUAGGGAACUCAUGAGGGUUGAUGGCCUGACCAACGAUGAUGUAAAGAGUCAUUUGCAAAAAUACCGACUUCAUACAAGGAGAGUUCCAGUUGCUACAACUGCAGGAGGCUUAUGGAUGACAAAGAAUCCUUGA